AUGCCAACAAAAAUCAGCUUUACUGUUGUAUAUGCUUCAAGCGAAGAUGAAAAACAUCAAGCAAAUGAAUUAAAUACACAUGGUCCUACAGUUCGCGGAUGGCAAUCAGCAAAAAAUUGUUCUUACCCACAAGAGAUUAUAUUUAAAUUAAAUACACCGGCAACUUUACAUCGAAUCCAAGUUUUAGCUCAUCAAUAUCUAAUACCUGAAAAAAUUGAAUUAUGGAUAAGCGAUUCGGAUAUUGAACCAAAUGAAAUUCAAUGCCAAAUUUUUGAUUAUUUAGGGUAUAUUACGUUAGCUGAUAAUCAAAGUACUGGAUUUAAAUCAAGAGAAUUAAAAUCAGUAUCUGUUCCUACAAAAGUUGCUACUUAUUUGAAAAUUCGUUUAAGUAAAAAUCAUGAAAAUGCUUUUAACAUAAAUAAUCAGAUAAGUUUAAUUGCCAUAAAUAUCCUAGGAAUUCAGGUAAAUUUAGAAGAUGACGAUCCAGAUAAAACCCCAAAUAAUAAUGAAAAUCAACGCAUUAGUAAUCCACAAUAUUUAUCUAUAUACGAUGAUUUGGCAUUUGAAAUGUAUGUGGAUAAUGAGGUUGCUGGAUUUAUUCGGCAAAUGGACGCAAAUAAACAAAAAGCCGUGCUAGAUGAAAGAUUUGAAUAUGCAAGGAAAUUAAAAGUAGCUAUUGAAAAAUUACGUGAAGCUGGGGAAAAAUUAGGUAAAUAUGAUUUGGAAAAACGACAUGCUAUCGAUAUGGAAGACUAUGAACGUGCACGUCGUAAAAAGACACAAGGGGAUGAGUUUCGUCAACAAACUUAUCAACAACUUCAAGUUCAACAACUGUUAGAAGCAAAUGGGCCAAAUACAGCCAAUGAUGUAUGUACUGAUUUAACGGAAUUGACCAUAACAAAUAUUCCACAACAAUCACAAUAUGGCUCAACUGAAAUGGAAUUGUUGUCACCACCAACAUUAACCACAAAUCCUGCACCAACUGUUCAAAAUCGCGAAGGUGCAUAUUCACCAAAUGUUACAAAUAACAUAUACCAAGGUACUACUUCACCGUUACAUCAAUUUUCAGGCCAGAAUCGUCCAAAGAGUCCAGGUACUGGUAAAACGAUUUCAUUUAAUCUUUCAGAUAGUCCCACCAAUAAUAAUAUAAAUGGUAGUGGUCGAUAUGGCUCAUUUCGACGUAGAAAUAAAUCAGCUGGGGCUGUUAGUAAGUCGUCGUAUGAAGCGUACGAAGAACGUACAGUUCCUGCACUUCGACAUUCUCAUACAAAUGAAUUUCUACGAGAAUGUCAAUUAGAAAUCCCUCCAGAAACAAAAACUCCCUCCAAAUUAAACGAACGUGAAAAGAAACAAGCCGCUUUACCAAUUUCAGUAUUUGGUAAUGAAUUAGUAGAAAAAUUCUAUUCAAAGCAAUAUUCAGACAAAGAAGAAGGAUUAAAUCGUUUAAAAGAUGAAAUGAGACAAUAUGAUAAUAAUCCUGUACAUACAGCAAAUAAAACCGCCCGUGCGGCAAUUUUUUUAUUGCAUCGUGCGUUGCGGGACAAAGUAUUCUCCGUAUACAGUUUAGCCGCUGAAGUGAUACGAUUAUUUUUUACUGACUUUGUGCCUGGACGUGUAUCUCAAACUGAAGUAGCACGUAGUAUUGAUCGUUUAUUGCCUGAGUUGUUAACGAAAAGUGGUGAUCCAACACCACGAAUUCAUAACAUGGCUAUACACACAAUUUUAAGUAUGGUGGAUUGUCAACAUGUUCGCGAGUUGCAUUUAAUUCCUGUACAUUUAACCCGUCCUGUUAGUAGUAGUACACAUCCGCGGCUAGCACAAUCUAGAAUGGAAAUGGUUGAACAGUUGAUUUUGAAUCAUGGAAUAUCUACAGAGAAACAAAGUGGCUUAACUUGUCGAGUAUUAUCGGAAUUUGGAUCAUCUGGUUUACAUCACCCAGCUGAGCCAGUUCGUAAAAUAGCUGAAAGAGUACUUGUGUUAGUCUAUAAAGUAAAUCCAAGACUAGUUCGAAAACAAUUACCACCUGAUGAUGAUAUAACUCGUCGAAAUUUAUUAUAUCGACAUUUAUUCCACGAAUUUGACAAAGUUGAUUUACAACGUAAAAAAGACUUAUUAGAAAAAAGUAAACAGGAGGCGAAUAGUAAUACAACAUCUGGUUACACAAACACUGUGACAAAGAGCAAAAGUUCUAGUAAUGUACCAAAUUCAUACUUAAAUCAUGAAGAUCAAGAGUUUGCAUUACCACGUACACAAUCCGAAUCAAAUCCACCAAAAAUUGUUGAAAGUAAAUCGAUGUACAGUGCAAAAUUAACGGAUGUUUGUCAAAAUAUUCCAAAUGUUGUUCAAUUUGAAAUAGAUAAUAAUGCAACGGAUCAACCAAAUCAAAAUAUAUUACCAAAUGGACGACCCAAGUCGAUGGAAAUCAGUGAAGAAACACGUCAAACUUCAUUUGAUGAUGAAUACAUGCAAAGACGAUACAGUGACAAUCAGAAGCAUGAUAGACAAGGGAAUGAGCAACGUGAAAUGACAGAAACAAAUAAUCGCAUUAACAAUGGACAAAAUGGAGAUACUAAUAAAGAAAAAGCGGACAUGACAACAUCCAUUUCAAUGGGAAAACAUGGUACAAAUGAUGAUCGUCAUCAUAGUAACUCAAGUACAUCAGGAGUUUCAUCUCCAAGUGAUAGCUCGCAACGAGAAGGAUAUAAGCAAUGUAUAUUUUGUUCAAAACAAGAAUCAAAUAAAGGAAAUACCCAAUAUUUUACUGAUGAACAAUUAAACUCGCAUUAUUGGCGAACUUGCCCAAUGUUAACACGUUGUAUAGAUUGUGAUCAAGUUGUUGAGGUUUCAACAUUAAUUAUACAUCGUUUGGUUGAAUGUGAAAAUAGUAAAACGUAUCGACAAUGUCGACGAUGUCGAGAAGCUGUUCCAUUAAUUGAUUAUAUUCACCAUGUAACCGAUAUGAAAUGUGUUGAAGCACUAUCUGGAUUCUCAAAAUGUCCAUUAUGCCAUGAAAAUAUUCCACAGGGUGAAUUAAAUUGGCGAGAUCAUAUGAUGGGUGACAAUUCAUGUCCGAAAAAUAUACGAGGUAAAAAUGCACCACCAAUACGAUCAAAAAGUUCAUGUAAGUAAACUGGUGGUGGGAGUAAAUUGAUAAUAAAAAAAGUGUCUUUUUAAUCUCAUGUCAUCAAUGUUGUUUAAUAAAGCAAUUUAAAUUCACACAUUUUUAACUUAUGGCAAAUAAAGUUUUAUUCUUGUAAGAAUUAACAAGGAAUACAAUUAGCACUAUAUGUUUCCUUCAAUUUAAAUUCAAAUUAUAUUAUUCUUUUAUCAUUUACAAAGA